AUGUACGGAUCUCCGAGAAAUACAACGGAGACGGAGUACGGACUCAGUUAUGGAGGUGACCUUGGGGAGGUCUUGUCCAAGUACUUCUCUCAGUUUGACAUCGGCGACGAAAGAGCUUGCUUCAAGCUCGUCUCGCUUCUCGUUUGCUUCUUUUCGUCGCCGCUAGGGGAUGAUAUUCUCUCUCAGGUGAAAGACAAUAACGGGAUCUUCAUUUUCUCAGUCGAUUUUCAGCGAUUUCGAAAAGAAUGUGAUGUCCAUGAAUUUUACGAGUUAUUGGAGGAAAAACCAAAAAUUGCUCUUUCAUGCCUCAGUGCUGCAGUUCACAAGGUCUUAUUGACUAAAUGGGAGAAGUACCAUAUGGACGAUGAUACAAAAGUCAAUAUCCGUUUGCAUAAUUACCCCGAAUCCAUGAUUGCCUUGAAGAACCUAAAAGCUGCAUACAUUGACAAGCUUGUAUCUGUCCGUGGUUCUGUUGUAAAAGUUAGCACUGUCAGGCCUCUAGUGGUACAAAUGAGUUUUGAUUGUGCCAAGUGUAAGACAAGCAUUUCAAGAAUAUUUCCAGAUGGGAAAUUCUCACCACCAGCAACCUGCGAUUUGAAUGGAUGCAAGAGCAAAAUUUUUGUUCCCAUUCGAUCUACUGCACAGAUGAUAGAUUUUCAAAAAAUAAGAAUACAGGAACUGCUAAAGCCUGAAGAUCAUGAAGAGGGUCGAGUUCCUCGAACUGUGGAAUGUGAAUUGUCUGAAGAUCUUGUUGAUGCUUGCAUCCCUGGAGAUGUGGUGACUGUUACUGGAAUUAUAAGAGUAAUCAAUAAUUACAUGGAUAUCGGAGGAGGGAAAUCAAAAAGCAAAAAUCAAGGAUUCUACUAUCUGUAUCUGGAAGCAUUUUCGAUUAAAAACUCCAAAUCGAACUCUUCAUCUGAGGAUUCCGAAGAUUCUAAUUGUAAAGCAAGGCCAACAGAACUUUUUGACUUAUUCUCAUUUUCUUCAAGAGAUUUGGAAUUUGUUGUGAAGUUCUCAGAGGAACACGGUACAGACACGUUCCGGCAACUAGUUCAAUCAAUAUGUCCAUCUAUCUAUGGUCAUGAGCUUGUUAAAGCGGGAAUAACAUUAGCACUGUUUGGAGGCGUAAGAAAGUAUUCAAAUGAUGGCAACAAGGUUCCUGUUAGAGGAGACAUUCAUGUCAUAAUUGUUGGUGAUCCUGGACUGGGAAAGAGCCAACUCCUGCAAGCAGCAGCAGCUAUUUCUCCAAGAGGCCUUUAUGUGUGUGGUAAUGCAACUAGAGCUGGCCUCACUGUAGCAGUUGUGAAGGAUCCUAUGACAGGUGACUAUGCUUUUGAAGCCGGUGCGAUGGUACUUGCAGACAGUGGAUUGUGCUGUAUUGAUGAGUUUGAUAAAAUGUCUUCAGAGCAUCAGGCGUUACUUGAAGCAAUGGAACAGCAGUGUGUCUCGAUAGCAAAAGCUGGACUAGUGGCAAGUUUAUCAGCACGUACCUCUGUCUUAGCAGCAGCAAACCCCGUUGGUGGUCAUUAUAACCGUGCAAAAACAGUGAAUGAAAAUCUGAAAAUCAGCGCCGCGCUGCUGUCGCGAUUUGAUUUGGUUUUCAUAUUGCUAGACAAACCUGAUGAGCUUCUGGAUAAGCGAGUCUCAGAGCACAUUAUGUCACUUCAUUCUGGGUUUGGAGAGCAUCCACCAGCGGCCAAAAAACCACGAAGAGGAGCAUCACAGAAUGCCGAAGGCAUAGAUAUGAAGGUAGAAGGCUGUUCUCUGGUUUCAAGGUUGAGAUUAGACCCAAAGAAGGAUGGUGAUUUUGCUCCAUUACCAGUUCAGCUUCUCCGCAAAUAUAUUGCAUAUGCAAGAACUUUUGUCUUUCCCAGGAUGUCAAAGCUAGCAGCCGAAAUUCUACAGAAGUUUUAUUUGCAACUUAGAGACCGUUCAACAUCAGCUGAUGGCACGCCAAUAACAGCAAGACAACUUGAGAGUCUGGUGAGGCUCGCAGAAGCUAGAGCUCGGCUAGACUUAAGAGAAGAAAUAACAGUCCAAGACGCAAUGGAUGUAGUUGAAAUUAUGAGAGAAUCUCUAUACGAUAAGUAUGUCGACGAGCAUGGUUUUGUGGACUUCGGUCGGAGUGGAGGUAUGAGUCAACAGAAAGAAGCAAAAAGGUUUUUAAGCGCCCUCAACAAGCAAUCAGAGUUACAGCAGAAAGAUUGUUUCACGAUUUCUGAAAUAUACAGUUUGGCUGAUCGGAUUGAACUAAGAGUUCCUGACCUCGAUACAUUCGUUGAUAACUUAAACAGUGUUGGUUAUCUACUCAAGAAAGGGCCAAAGACAUAUCAGGUGCUUUCAUCAUCUUAGUCACGCAGUCAAUCAUCAAGGUCAAGGAGCCAAAGUUAGUGCACCAUUAUUGGAAAGCAGUACAUUUUGCCAACUUUUUAUUGCAGCCUUUUCUUUGAUUGCUUUGAGACAGCAAUAGCGUUCUCGACAAAAUAUAAAACUAUACUCUAUAUUAUGUACUCUAU